ACUUUAACAGAGAUUUUACUAGUCCUCACUGGGAUCAUUUACACAGAUGCAAAGAAUGUUGUUUGAGACUUCUGAUGGACAGGGCGAAGGUUAACGAGGGAGUGGAGAGAUGAGCUGACAACAACAAGGAAACAAAAUGCAAUAUCUGGAAUGUGGGUGGAGUUUUUCUAGCAAAACGUUUCAGUAAAGAAUAGAAUCUCACAUGAAGUGCCGCUGGUGAAAGAGGCAGCUGGAAGCACUAAACACCAUCAGAUGAACUGAAAGCAGCGCUUGAUACAUGCGUCAACAUGUUGAGGCUACUGUUCCUCUUCUGUUCAUUCCAGAUUUUCUUGACUGUGAAAUCAGGUUCUCAUUCUUUCUGGAUGUUUCAUACAUUUAUAAAGGGUGAGACUCCAUUCCCAGAAUUCCAGACUCUAUUUAUGCUGGAUGACAUUCCGAUUGGAUACUACAACUCAAAUGACAACAAGCUUGUAAACAGAGGUGUGAAUGGUACAGAGAGAACACCUGAUGCCACAGACCUGGCAUAUGUUCCUCAUGUGGAAUUCAACUAUGGACUUAUGAAAAAUAGGGUCUCUUUUCUGAGAGAGAUUCUGAACCACACAAACAGUUUUCAUGUUCUACAGAGAGCUGCGGGAUGUCAGUUACAGGAAAAUGACGACGUAGGAACUUUAAUGAGCAAAGACGCAUUCAACGGGGAGGCUGGAGAUGUCCGGUAUUACAAUCCACAAAAUGACAGCCUUCAUACUGACUGGGUGUGGCCAGACGCAGUGGGCAAUACAUGGCCUGGGAGUGUCCAUAUAGCUUAUGCAUUAUUCCAUCCCCGCUGCAUUAAACUCCUGAAGAAAUACCUGGCCAGAGAGAAGAACCGUAUUCUUAAAAAGAUGAAGCCCAGAGUCAGGCUCCUCCAGAAGACACUCCCAGACUCUGGAGGGGCCAAAGUGACCUGUCUGGCCACUGGUUUCUACCCCCGUCACAUCAACCUGACCCUGCACAGAGACGGCCAGCCUGUGUCUGACCACCAGAUCACUGGGGGGGAGCUGCUACCUAAUGGAGAUGAGACGUACCAGAUGAGGAAGAGCCUGGAGGUCAGCGCAGAGGAACUACAGCAUCAUCACUACACCUGCACAGCUGAACACCUCAGCCUGGACAACAAGCUGGACAUCAGUUUAGAUCAUGAGUGGGAUUCAGUCACCACAUCCAUAGUGCCCUCCGUGCUUAUUGCUGCUGGGUUAGUGUGUCUUGCUGGAGUCUUUGCCUUUAUCAUAUGGAGGAGGACCCACACAGGUCAAGGCUCACAGACCUCUCUGCAAGAGAACACAGAAGCUUCAGAGGAAUAUGCAAGUGUGUCAACCACGGAUGCAAAUUCUUGAAGACUUAUGAAGACCUGCAGCCAACCACUGACUCAGAGGAGGCACAUUUCUGUAGGAGUUUAUGGCUGUCUCACUGUCAAAUCCUAAUGUGUAACAGGGCUCUCUCAUAGAAUUUCUGAGCUAUUUAGAGUUAUGAUGUGUAAUGUGCAUUAGGCCUCUCUCAUAGACUUUCUGAGCUAUUUAGAGUUAUGAUGUGUAAUGUGUAAUAGAGCUCUCUCAUAGACUAUCUGAGCUAUUUAGAGUUAUGAUGUGUAAUGUGUAACGGGGCUCUCUCAUAGACUUUCUGAGCUAUUUAGAGUUAUGAUGUGUAAUGCGUAUAGGGCUCUCUCAUAGACUAUCUGAGCUAUUUAGAGUUAUGAUGUGUAAUGCGUAACAGGACUCUCUCAUAGACUUUCUGAGCUUUUUAGAGUUAUGAUGUGACACCAUAGACAUAGGGGGGCAAAACACAGGGCCACAAGGAGAAGCCCUUUAGCAUUAAGAAGAAAAAAAAACAGUAAACAACCAUCAAAAA